AUGGGAGAAGAAGAUUUGAUAGAAUUGAAGUUUAGGCUCGAAGAUGGUAGUGACAUUGGACCGAGCAAAUACAGUCAGUUCAUGACUGUUGCGUCUCUCAAGGAGAAGAUCAUUGCUCAAUGGCCCAAAGAGAAAGAAAAUGGUCCAAAGGUGAUAAAUGAGGUGAAGCUCAUCAAUGGUGGGAAAAUACUGGAGAACAAUAGAACACUUUAUGAAGCAAGGUCACUACCGAUUGGUGAUCUUCCUGGAAUUGUGACCACUAUGCAUGUUGUUCUUCGUCCUCCUAUCUUGGAGAAAAAAAAUGAGAAGCUGCAGACUGAUCCUCCAGUGAGGAACCGCUGUGUAUGCUGCAUUUUGUAA